CCUUCUACAUCUAGGCCUAGGAAGGUGGAAAUAAAUAAUCAUAAGUCCUAAUUGUAGAAUUAGAGACAGAUCAGAGAUAGAUCCAAACAGGAAAAAGUUGACGCCGCAGGUGCGGGCGGUGUGACCGGCGAAAAUGGGGAAGGAAUUCCGGGAGGAAAAUCUAAAAAAAUUUCAGAUGUAUUUGAUUCGGAUAUUAUAUAUAAGUGCCGUGUGCGUGUGGAUAUCGAAUUGACUUCUUCGACAAAUACUCUUUGGAAAUUCCCAAAGGAAUGAAAUUGAAAUUUCUUCACGUAAACCGUAAUACGUCAAUGAUCCGAUAGAAGAUCCGGAUCAGACAGUGAUUUAUGAAUACCAUUUCAGUAAAAGGCAAUUACGUAAAAUUAUCAGUAAAACUGUAAGGAUACGUUCGCAUUCUGCAUUUUCUGAACGAUUAUUAUUGUGUAGUAGUUAAUUAUAUCGUUUGGUUUCCCGAGAUUAUUUUGACGUCAGAAGAAAAAAACUGUCGCAAUCAUCGUUGCAACGACUUUUCCGGAAGUAGCGGUUAGGAGGAUCUGCUGCUUAGAUUCUGUGAAAACGUGCGCAAACUUCUUUCUCGUUGCUACUUUGGCUGUGGGAUAAGUAGGGGGAAGAAUUUUGACCAAAUAUUCACGUCCCUGAGACCCGCAAGCCUUCCACAAGUAGCGUCUAGGGAAACCAAACGGCAAGUCGGAAGCUAAAUCUCGAGGACUGCAGUGCGAUUGGAAAAUCGGAAGUUUUUAUACCAGGAUCUAACGAAGGUUCGGAGUCUGAUCAUGAGUAACGAGAAUGGUGCGAGGAAUCCGAACAUUAAUCAUAACGAAAAACCCCGUGAGGUACGGCUUGGACUGGAGGGUAUUGGUGGAACAACGAAGCCUAAGGACCCGGUAAAUUUGGAUGAAGUUAACAAAAUGACCAGAACUUCGGUGUUGAACGGAGUGCAAUUCACCGGUCUUGACGAUAACGAUUCGCGGCGAACUCGAUCGGUAAAACCGGUGAAUUAUGCCGCGAGGAAGACCGUGGCUCAGGGUAUGAUGGACAUUGCGCUUCUCACAUCCAACGCGAAUCAACUCAAGAGUCUAAUCGAGUACCAAAGUCAUGUCAAGACGUACCUCUUCGUGAUGGUUCUGAUAUGCGUCAGUCUCGUACUGCAGAUCACUGUAGGCGUCACGCUCAUUUUCAAAGGCCGUUUCGACUCAAAGUUUAAGGACAAGGCUGCCGCGGCGAGAGUAAAUAAAUAUAUAAUGACCGCAGUGUUCCUGAUAACGGUGAUAAAUAUAUUUAUCGCAGUAUUUAGCACCGGUGGUAAUUCGUCCGGAAAUAUUUCCAGUACCGCAAUAGACGCUACCAGAAAUAACUCUUAAUUAUUCCCUGUUAUUAUUUAUUUACGAUAUUUGUAUACGUAUGUACGAUAAUUUUAACGAUGACUGAUUAAAUUUUCACUGCCUCCGCAUAUUAUGAAUUAAUAAUAGUAACGAUUUUCGUAACAAUUAUACAACUUGAAAUGAGAAAUUUUGUUUCAAAUUUACCGUUCAGAUUAAAUUUACAAUGUUACUUCGGUGGAAAGAGAAUAUAUAAUAAUAUAAUAAUACAAUAACGAUGUCGUAAUAAGAUGAAAGCUUGGACAACCGCAAAAAUAUAUUUAAGAAACAAACACUACCUUAGAUUAUUAUACGCACGAAUGUAAGGCAGACAGCGGAAGUUCAAAAAGUUGGUAUCGCGUGAAAUGUGGUCUGAUAUAUCUAUAAUAGCGAGCCUUAAGGAAAAUAUGUUUUUAUGGAUUUGCGCUGAAAAUAAUUUACCGCAGGCUCUGUGGUCUGGCUAUGUGAUUUCCAGUCUUAACGGAUGUGAAAAGCAAUAUUACAUCCUAUUACACUGAUAUUGAAGAUGAAUAAGUUUAUUAUCCAACUUGCCUUUUUUCUAUCGAAAAGAAGAAAAUCAUCAGCUGCACAAAUCGAGUCGAAUCGAAGACGACGUUGCGUUCCCACGAAUAUUCGCCAUUAACCUGUUUGCGACAUUUCUAUAAGCUGUCUGAAUUAAAUUGAGUGAAAAUUU